AUGAAUGACCUGUUUGGUAAAGUACAAAAUUAUAUUGUAGUAGUCGGCGAUCAAAAGUCAUUGAAAGUUUGCAUAGAGCUCAAUCUUCCCUGUUAUAAUGGAUCGAAUUAUUUGGCAUUUAAAUACAAACAAAUCACCUUUGACAAAGACGCAGAGUUUAGUGAUAAAAUCAGUUAUAACCCUUUAACAUGGUUUAAAAUACCUUUUUACCUGGAUGUGAUUCGAAAAGGUUACACAAUAAUAACAACCGAUACAGAUAUUGCCUAUUCAAGUAAGAAUGUUUGGGAAUCAUAUGAAAAGUACGCGAGAGAUGUUGGCGCUGACAUGGUGUUUGCGAGUGAACACCCUAUCAAUACUGGAAACUUUUAUAGUUUGUCGAAUGAACGUGUGAUUGCUUUAUUUAAUGAAUGGAUUAUGUCCGAAAGCAGAUGGCUCAAUGAUAAUGAUCAAGAAGCAUUGAUUAAACUACAUAAUAAGAACUACAUGCUUUGUAAUACACGAGAAAUGUGUAAUCAGGUUAAAAGCACAUCAAUGAAUUACACUAACAGUACAGCAUCCCUAUCUAAAGAGUAUCAAACCAAUAUGGUUGCUGUCAGAACUUAUCGCUCUUCUUUUAGCCGUUUUGGAAGUCAUUGUUCACCUCCAUCAGGUGUUAGAAUGGAUCCAUGUGCUGCAGAUGUUCUUUUUAUACAUACAAUCUGCAUGAUUGGUAAACAAAGAAAGGCAGAUAAGCUAAAUGAACUUGGAUUUUGGAUGUUAGAUGAGCCGUGUCGAGAAACGACUACAGUUAUUAACGAAGCCAAUCACACUACAGUUUUGUCGAUAUAUCGAUGUGUUCCAAAGAUUUUGGCCUUACCGAGAGCCGAAGAUAAUUUCACGAAAUGUAAUGAAGCACUGGCAUGGACUUGA